AUGAAUCUUCCGACAGAGCCACCUAGUAAGGUGCAAUCCGAUCUAUCUCCUACGAAGAGCACUCAGUCGUGGUUCCCUCGACGUCUUUCUAUCGAAGAAGGUGGCAUUGAGAGGGUAACCAAUGAAGAAAGACAACAAAAUACAACCAAGUUCUGGAAUGCAACUACUUUCUGGUUCAGUGCCAAUAUGGCCGUUGCAACCUUGAACGUUGGCUCUCUUGGGGGCUCUCUUGGUCUUGGGUUCUGGGACUGUUUUAUAGUCAUUCUUAUUGUCAACCUCGCUAGCGAUCUCUUGCCCGCUUGGACAGCUACAUUUGGACUGACCGGCUUGCGAAUGACAACUUUCUCGAGAUACUCAUUCGGAUACUGGGGCAACAUGCUUGUCGUGGUCUUUUCUAUGAUCGCGACCACCGGAUGGAACGCUAUCAACUCAAUCUCGGGCGCUUCAGUUCUUAACGCAUUGUCGAACGGAAAGUUUCCAACAUGGGCAGGAGUCAUCGUCAUAUGUACAUUCGUUUGGGCGAUUUGCGCACUGGGAAUCACAUGGAUCCAUCGACUAGACGCAUUCAUCUGGAUUCCUCCUUUGAUUGUCUGGUGUGUUGCUGCUGGGACAGGCGCAUCUUCGUUCACCUCUGAAGCCCCUCGGGCAUUGGAGGGUUCAGACAAGGCCGCGGCUGUCUUGACAUACAUGGCCAGUAUUUUCUCCUUCUCCGUUUCAUGGGUCAAUUGUGCUGCGGACUAUAAUGUGCGCAUGCCCCAUGACACUCCCCGCUGGAAGAUCUUCAGCGCUACAUAUGUCGGCAUCUUCUUCCCAACGGUACUGGUUCAAUCACUUGGAGCAGCGAUGUACAGCGGGACUGUCACGAGUCCGGAAUGGAAAGAAGCUUAUUCAUCAUCAUCGAUCGGAGGACUACUUGCGAUGGCAUUGCAGCCCGCAGGUGGGUUUGGCAAGUUUCUCAUGGUUCUUGCGGCUUUGAGUGCGAUACCAAACAAUAUCCCAAACAACUAUUCUUUUGCACUCCAUGCGCAAAACCUCGGUUCAUGGGCAAUCCGAGUUCCAAGAGUCAUCUUAGUUACAUUUGGUUUUGUGGCAGCGAUCAUCGUCGGUUGCUGCGCAGCAAAGUACUUUGAAGACACUUUGCAGACCUUGCUAAGUGUGAUCGGAUACUGGACAGUAAUUCAUAUAACCGUCGUGCUGGAGGAGCAUUUCAUUUUUCGGCGCAGAUGGAAGGCAUAUGAUUUCGAUGCUUGGAAUAGCCCGGCCUUGUUGUCAUUCGGUUGGGCGGCAAUAGGAGCAUUUGCAUUCGGUUUUCUAGGAGCUGCUCUUGGAAUGAAGGUAGCCUGGUACAGUGGUCCCAUUGCAUCCUUGAUUGGUACGAAGGGGGCGAAUAUCGGCCAUGAGCUCACUUUUGCAUUUUCUGGUCUUGUGUUCCCCAUCUUUCGCUGGAUCGAGAAGCGAUAUGGGAGCCAGUGA